AUGGUUGACGUUAUCGGCCUUGUGAGCGGUGUUCUGACCAUUGUCAGCUUUAUCCAAUCUCAAAUCCCGGACAAACCAAAAGAAGGUGCUGCGGUGAGAAUCAAGGCUGGCAGCGGCGGAACCGAUGAUGAAGGAUCUGGUGGUGAAGUCUCAGCUGCCUACGCCUGGAACUUUGACAACAACUACCUCGGUAGAGGCGAUGGCGGCUCCAUGGAACAAGGAGGCGUAGUCGACACUGUCAUCGAUUCAUUUUCAGGUGGUGCUCGAGCCGAGUAUAUCGGAAUUUCAGUCGCUCGUGACGCAGUCUGUGUUGCCUGGAUCAGCGUCAAGCAGUUUGACCAGACUACUGGUGGUGCUUGGACUGGUGAUAUCGGGUAUGAGUGCGGCCAGGCUUGGUAUGCUAACAAAGAGAUGGCGGGGUAUAUCGAUGAUGAUGAAACAGAGGCGUACAUCCCCAGGUGCACUUGGCUUGAUGCAGCGCUCAAAGAAGAUACAGAGAGUGCCUCUUUGAAGUUUGAUACCACUGCCUACGGCAAGAAGGUCAAGGAUACUGUCGACAACAAGGAUGCCUGCAAAUACACUUUGUGGGGUGAAGAUGAUGCCCCUAUCUCUGGCACCCCAGGAAAGCGCGCAAACCGCCCUCGCCGUCCUUGGAUGGAAGACAAACUUGUGGUCUCAAACUUGACACAGCACAAGGCAGAGGAUCUUUGUUCUUCUGAAACAUCCUGGGGUCCAGACUUUAUCGGCACUGACGGACAAUUCUGCGACAUGGGAACUAAGAAGUUGACGCCUCUUUGCUUGACCAGAGACGUUGAUGGGUGUAUUAUUGUGGAUGGUGAUAAGAAGACCCUCAGCAAGCGAUCACGAGUUGCGAAGCGCGAGGCUCAUAUUACUCACAAGUCUUACAAGGCCAUUGACCAUUGGGAGUCAAGCAAGUGA